CACGAGAAAAAAACUUACAAUUUUUAGUGAGGAGAACUACAGUAAGAGAACAAUUUGGUUGUGUACACAAUCAUGAAGAUGCAGUGGAUGUUGUUGUUAAUUUCUGCUUGUGUAGCUGUCAAGGCUAGCGAUGAGAUAAUAUACGACAUCAGUUCACAGGCCGCCUGUGAAUCGAUCACAAGAGAACGAACGGGUGACUGUAGGUGGGUCGCAGGAUUAGACAUGGCUGACCUUGUUGUCGAGAAGGGACGAAUCAUUGCAUACAAAAUCCAAUGGUCAGGUGGAUGGUCGGACUGGUAUGUCCCGGGACUGAAUGACAUCGACGUGAAAUUCAAUCCAUAUUCAAGCCCUUGUGAUAUGACCUACACUUCGAACAGCAUGAGGCAUAUGUGGUCCUACUUUUCCGAUCAUACACACGAGUUCAUAAUUUGUCGACCGAGAUCUGGGCUCUGAUUUCAUGGACAGAAACAAUAAACAUGGCUCGCUUGAGUGUUCGAGAUGAUAUAAUUUCGUUUCCUUUGGUUCUUGAGGUUAUAUCUUACAAUUGUCUAUACGAUCGACUGUUUAAAUGUAUUAUGUUGCUGUUGUUUCAAAUAAGAAAUUAAUACAUGUUUAUUCGGCAAAUAGUAAAUUAAUGAAUGCAAUGUUGUUUCAGUUGUAAUUCAGUCUUGUUGUUAAGUUAUAUUUGAUUUUACCUUACGUUAUUGAGUUGUCACAGAGGGAAAUAUUUGCUCGAGUGAAAUAAUUUGCGAUCUCACACCGAUAUCCAUUAACUGAUCUGUUUCCAUAAUGCUAACAUUUAAGAACACAAAUGCUUAUUAUAUUUGAGUAACUUCAAAAUCGCGUUAGAAACGCAACGUCAUUUAUGUCCGUCA